AGAAAACGAACUCCUUUCUCUUCGCGAAGCAAAAUCUAGGGUUCGAUUUUUCACUUUCAGCCUCCUUCUUCUUCAGGUAAAAUGCCUCGUCAUGAUGACCGCCAUGAUGAUCGCCAUGCUAGCACACGGCUCUAUGUUGGCCGCUUGUCGUCCCGGACAAGAUCACGGGAACUGGAAGAUGUGUUCAGCAGAUAUGGAAGAGUACGUGAUGUGGAUAUGAAGCGUGAUUUUGCCUUUGUUGAAUUUAAUGAUCCCCGUGAUGCUGAUGACGCAAGAUAUAGCCUGAAUGGUCGGGAUGUUGAUGGGAGCCGUUUAAUUGUGGAAUUUGCCAGGGGGGCACCACGUGGUCCUGGUGGAUCCCGUGAGUAUCUUGGUAGAGGACCGCCUCCUGGUUCAGGACGCUGUUUCAAUUGUGGACUUGAUGGGCACUGGGCUCGAGAUUGCAAAGCUGGGGACUGGAAGAAUAAGUGUUAUCGCUGUGGGGAUAGAGGCCACAUUGAAAGAAAUUGUCAAAACAGCCCGAAGAAAACUUCCUCCAAACGUGGGCGGAGUCACUCACGCUCACCAAGUCCAAGGCGGGACAGAAGUCGAAGCCGUAGUUACAGCAGGGGUCAUAGUUACAGUCGAUCAAGAUCACCUGUGAGGAGAGAAAGGAGUCUAGAGAGAAGAUCAAGAAGUCCUGCAGACAGCCUGAGCCCAAAGCGCCGCAGGGCCUCGCCGCCCCCUUCCAAGGGGAGGAAGCAUGACCAAUCACCUGAUGGUAGAAGAAGCCCACAAGAGCGUCGUAGCGCCUCCCCUCAGGAUCGCCGGUCUGAUUACAGUAGGAGUCCUAGGGGAAAGAGUGGAAGCCCUAUGGGUAAUGCUGAAGAGAAAAGCAAUGGUGAUAAGAUGCACAGGAGCCCUGUGGAAGAAAAUGGCCAUAGCCGCAGCCCAAGCCCUGUGCACAGAGGCAACAGAAGUCCCAUCGAAGAGGAUGAUGACAACCACGGUUCUCCAAGAGGCAGUGAUUCAGCUUAAAUGUGCUUUGAUAUGCCAGUUUAAACCAGCUGGUGUACCUUUCUUGCUUGAAGUGGAACUUUUAUUAUUGAUUAGUUGGUCUUGUCACUUUUAAGAAUUUUCAAUAUCUCUGGAGACUAAAUUAUUGCUGUGAUUUUGUAUCUUGUUUCUCUUGCCACCUUGAACGUAACAGUGUGGCCAUUGUGAGUUGGACAUGGCUAUUAUGGCC